AUGGCGCGCACAACAGAAGGAGCAGAAGUCAAGUCUCGUCUGGUUGAAAGCGGCCUUGCCUGGCACACGGAAGAAAGUACUCUGCGACAGAAGUUUGAGGAGUAUGGCGUCGUAGAAGAGGCUUGUUUGGGUAUUCAGGUCGUCGUCAAAGACCGAGAUACAGGUCGCAGUCGAGGAUUUGGAUUCGUGCGAUAUACCAACGAAGAUGAUGCCCAAAAAGCCAUCACCGCAAUGAACAACGUUGAGUUCGACGGACGGACGAUACGUGUCGACAAGGCCUCCGACACUGGCCCGAGGGGUGGUGGUGGUGGUGGUUUCCGAGGUGGCUACGGCGGCCGAGGCGGCUAUGCGUCCCCGCAGAUGCCGCCGAUGCCGUAUGGGAUGCACCUCCCACAAUAUGGCGCUCCGCAGAUGUACCCCCAACCUUACGGCCGCGGAGGUUACCCGCCGCAGAUGUCAGGGUAUGGGGCUCCACCAGCACAGACUUGGCAAGCCGCUGCUGGCCACCCCGGAUAUUACCCCGACCCCUCUGGUCAAGUACCACCUCAACAACAGAUGCCCCCGCAAAACCCCCAGGGCGGGCCAUACUGA